AUGUGGCAUCCUUCCACCAGCAGGGGCCAUGGCUUGUAUGUGGUUCAGCUUUUUAACGAUUUGACCUUCGCGCACAGGCGCGGUGUGCGGUUGGCGAGUGUCCUCUGCGGCAGAAGAUUUGCCUUCAACAUCCGAUCGCCUGUACCUUCGCAGUCUGUGUCUGGGACGCUCAAUAGGGUCAUUAGCCGACGCAAAGAUGUAUUUACAAGCUCUGUGCAUUGCGAUGUGGAUGUCUGUGCGUCAGAGAACUUGCCACGCCACCUGCAAGUGCUGAUAAAGACAACAUCCGCUGGCCCUGCGUCCCAAUACAGGCAAGAAUGUCGGAGAUUCUCCAGCACCGCAACAAAAGAAUACGCGGCCGCAGGAGCGGCAGAUGAUCUGGGGUAUGGAAAUGGUGGUCAAAAUGGCGCGGGAAAUGUAACAAAAGAAUCUCCGUCAACCGUCAAUGCAGAGGGUACAACAGCGGCUGCGAUUGGAAGCCCAGCUGCACCUGAACAAUCUGCACCGGAGAGUUGCAGGGGUAAAACUGCACAACAUGUAGAUGACACGCAAUCAGGAGUGUCUUCGAUGGUUAACAAGUCCGGCGCUGCCCCUAAAACUCGCAAAGCGUCGGCAAAAUCCAGUGCAGUUGACGCUGCACCAUCUUCCGGUAAACGUGCUAAAAGUAAGGCCACAAAACAGGCUGCAACAGCUGAUGCCGAAUUGAAAUGCGAGUCUGCUGUCGACAAUGGGGCGAUUGAGCCAUCUGUAGCAGAAGCUCAGGCACUUGCUUUGGAUGCGGCGUUCGAGUUGAGCGACGGCGAGUCAUUGGACUGGAACAACAAGCAGCUUUGCAAGGUGUCACAUCGCAACUUUCUCUUGUACGCCUACAACCAACUUGACAUGGCGACGGUUGUGAAGAUAACCAACCAGGUCCUAGCGGCGUACCAAACCCUGCCCCGCCGUCGCAAGGCCUCACAGCGGCGUCAGUACGUGCAGCGAUUUCUGCGAUGCAUUCGCAAGCACAAGCCGCUGGAGGACCACCGGCAGCUGGCUCGGUGGCUGCUGCGGUGCAUCGACUUGCUGACGUGCGAUGAUCUUUAUUCGAUGUUGCGGGUUCGCCACAUCCUGAACUACGACAACUCGUUUGAGACAUUUCGGGCCUCAUUCGGCAUGGAGAACUUCGAGUCGUUUUCCAACGUGCGCACGAGCAAGGUGCAGCAGGACAAGCUCAUCGGAGAAAAGGCGCUGAAGAGCCGCACUGCGCAGCGCAACCUUUUGAUGCGCCACCUGAAGAUCAACAAGUUCCGGUUUCUGAAGGAUCAGAACGUAACGAAAGCGGUCUAUGAGGCCAACAUCGACUGGGUUGAUGCUGGGGUGUCCGCUGCGUCAUUAGAGCCUGAACGGUUCGCAUUCGUUUACAACCUGCCGUUCAUCGAACACGGGGAGCUCACUGCAGCGCUGCAUGAGGUGUUGACACGUUUCUCAAAGGUGCGGCGCAUCGAUAUCUUCUCAGAUAGGCUUCCGCCCCUGACUACGCUUGUAAAACGUUCUGCGGUUGCUCGUAACUCCGCGCCUCCGCCUCGUGACAAGCGCAUGGCAGACGCUCUGCAAUUCAUCGCAAACGCGCUGGUAGAGCAGCCGGUUCCCGCCAGUGCCGACCCCGCUUCAACGGAGCACCUCGUUAAACAACCAUCUACGGAACCUACUUCCGCGGAGGGAUUGGGGGCCAUGAUUGGGUCGACUGUGGUGAUGGGCGAUGACACAGUUACAGGGGCGACCGUGGGUGCGAGAGGCGGUACUGAGGGUAUUGAGGCGGAACACGAAGCUGGUUCCUCAUCUGCCAACGCGGCUGCUGCUACCACGGUUCCGAGUCAAUGCCGCAUAACACCGUCCUCGAAGAGGAAGCACGGAGCAUCAGGGCAAUCUCCGGUGGUGACAGCCGAUGCGCAUGGAGCUGUCGCCGCCGGCGAGUGGCCUGCAUGCUCUCAACCAGCUCUUGACAAUCACGUGGACUCCUCCAUGCUGGAGAAGCUGCAGAACAAGUCGGCUACCAGUGAUAGCAUGGAUCCUCAAUGGGUGGUGCUGCGUUUCUCUGACUUCAAGCACGCCUACUUCGCACGCCUGCGCCUGCUCCAGAAAUUCGCCGACGAACCGCGCAGCCUCGUGUCGUUUGACACGAAGCGGUCCAUUUUCCACAACGGGAAGUACCUCGAUCUGCCGCUGUUCCAGUACAGCCCCCGCACCGAAAAUGAUCCUUCCGUUGCGCGAAUAUCGCAAGGUGUAGUAGAGGAUAACGUCGGCCUGGGUGCCGUCGGCGUGGAAGUUUCUUAG